AUGGAUUCUGUUUCUUGUGUUUUACCUGAUCGUUUAACAAAACAACCUUUGUUAACACAACCAAACACACCAAAUGAUGAUUCUAAACGGUCUAUAUCAAAAUGGAUCAACAUUCAAUUAAGUAGAGACUAUUUAUUGACCGAGAAAUAUAAAUAUCUUCCAAUAUCUUUAGAAGGUAAUGAUCUUUUUAAUGCACUUAGUGAUGGAGUUUUAUUGUAUCAUUUAGUCCUUAAAUUUUAUCCUGAAUAUCCAAUCAAUUUUCAACCCAAAUACGUCCAAACAUCUCUCUUUUAUAAAGAUGAAAACUUAACAAAACUCUUUGCUUUCCUGAAAAGAAUCAUCCCAACAAUCACUCUGAGCCCAACAAACUUUUCACAAACAACAACAUCAACACUUACUAUAGUACUUGGAUUUUUGUGGCAAUUCAUUGACAAAGUCUUUGAAAAGUCAUUGAAACGAGCAAUAGGGUCCCUUAAUUUGUCUCCAAAUGACUAUUUGAUACAAUGGGUCAAUCAGACACUAAAAGCUGAUGGUUCUAAUACCAAAAUAUUUGACUUUGAAAAUUCAAUUAUGGACUCAAAAGCCUAUAUUGAACUGCUCCACCACUUCAUUUCAAAGACCAACAUUGAGGUUUUGAGGCAAUCUGAUCUGACGUUAAGAGCGGAAGAAGUAGUGAGAAGUGCUGCGACAGUGAAUGGUACUUCUUUUAUUACGGUGAAAGACAUUAUUACUGGCAAUAAAACAAGUAACAGUCGAUUUGUGGGGGAUUUGUUUAACAUAUUCACACAUCCAUUUAUUUCAAGUGAAGAAGAAACUCAAAAAGUGACUGAUCACACACUAGAGAAAGAACUUGAUGGUAUCAAAGACAAAGAAACACCAAAUAAAGUGAACUUGCAACAAGAAAUAGACAAGAAAAAAGACGAAUUAGUGACCGUCCAGAAAGAAAAGAAAUGUAAAGACAUUAUAGAUGCAGUCACAAAGGAACACUCCAACUUGGAUAAAGAGGAAAAAGAACUGGCCGAUAAAGAAGACAUGCUUCAAGAAAUGAAUGACGUCCUUCUUCAAGCUAAAGCCAAAGAUAUCAAAGAAGAGCGCGAGAACCAAAAACGACUUGAUGACAUCAAACACGAGACAAGAGGGGCUGAACUCGCAUUAAAGCAUAGUGAAGAAGAAGCUCAACACAAACAAACAAUCACCCAAAACUUAAUAAUAAACAAAGAGAGUGAAGUCGCUUCAAUAGAACGUCUUCAGAACUAUACCAAUGAAGAGGUCCAACAGAUGACUCUUGAGGUCGUUCAACAAAAUGAAGAGUUAAAGAAAAAUAUUGAAAGCCUUGAGAAAGAAAAGGGCGAAACAAGGAAACAAGUCUUCCAAAUGGAAAUCCACACGGAAGAGUUGUCUAAUCAACUUAAAGACGAGAAUUUGAGAUUUGAAAGGAAAAGAAGAGAGUUAGAGCGCCAACAGGAGAUGGCGAAAGAAAGUGUGAAGAGAAAAGAGGCCCUUGUCAGUGAUGUCUCAAAGAAGAUUGAAGAAGUCACAAAGGCUACAGAUCUCCUUAUUAGUGACGUCAAUGAGCAAAAAAGUGAUAUCGUCACGAAGACAGACAUCUUAAUUGAUGAACAAGACACAAACAAACAGAUCAGAAAAGAUAUCAAAAAAGGGACAACACAAAAUGAGAAGAUGCUUAGCGAAAUCGUCGACUUGCAAACGCAAGACAAAACUAAUAUCAAAAAUUUGAAUCAAGCCAAAAUCGAGACAAAUAAAGUCAACAAACAAAUCAAGAUAACAAACGCGGAGAAACAACUUGUCAUACAGGAGAGACAACAAGUCGAAAGCGACGCGGAAGCAGUGCUUGAAAAAACGGAGGAGGUCUCACAACGAGUAGAGGAGAUCGACAAGAACCAAUUAGACGCCGAAAUUAAAUACGCUCAACUUGAGGACAAACUCGUCGAAGAAGAGAAACAGCGCAACGCGCAACUGGCUUUACUCACAGCCAAAUUAAGUGGUGACCGUGCCAGACAAGAAAAACAGGGUAAACGCGAGAUCGACAAAAUUACCAAAGAAGCGCGUCGCCUGAAGCGCGACGAGAAGGAGUUAAGCACCAAGAAACAACUUUUAGAAGAGCAGUUAAGAGUCAAUGAAAGUCUAAAGAAAGACACUGAAAGUACUUUAAAAGACUGUGAAGAACGAAUUCGGAUGUUAAAUGAGAGAAAAGACCAGCACGAACAGUCCGAGAAAGAGUUUGAAGUGACGAUGAGUAAAUUACAAGCACAGAAGAAGGAAAUUAACGACAAGUUAACGGCAAUCAAUGCAGAACGAACAAAACAAAAGAAAGAACUGAAAAAACUCGAAACAGUCAAAGAAAUCCAAAAGACGCUGAAGGAAGACAAAAUUGAAGAGAAAAAUAUCUCUGCAGACUUACUUGAGAAAGAAAGACUUCGAACUGAAAGAAGAAAGAAAGAAAGAGCAGAGAGAGACGCCGCUAUAGAAAAGGUCACGCGAAGGUCGAAAGAAAAAUCUCAAGCGGCAACUCAGGAAACUCCACAAGAUAUCUCCGAGUCACAAAACCCCACUAUCCUCGCUUUAAAAGAAAAACAAAGAAAACGGGACGAAGAACGUAAGCGACGCGAAGUUGAACGAGCAAAGAAAUAA